ACACACGCCCACACAGCGUAGGCGUCUUCGCAUCGCAUAAUCGCGAACGAGAGCCGCAGCGGUGAAUAACUUUAAUCACAUAUAGCCUGGCGUUAAUUAUCGAAUCCUUGAAACUGCCUCGUGCCAAUCGAACUCACUCCCCGCUUUUAAUUAUCGGACGCAAAAAGUUUUUUGCUCUGCCUCUCGCGCGCGUAUAUAUAGCGAAAAGUGCACAGCUAUGAACUCAGUCUCGACCUGGAACUCUUCGCAGUAGCAGAAGAAGUAGCAGAGGAAGAAGGAAAGCUCGAGAGUAAAGGAGAAGAAGAAAGGAUUAAUCGUCAUGUCGCUGAUCAACGUUCGCGUCUUGCUAGUCAUCGCCGGCGUAGUUUCCGGUGGCUUGGCACAGUUCUAUUCCAGCCGUGCACCGCCUUGCCAACAGCCAUACCUGCCACCGUUUGCCUCUGGUCGCAACGAGAACGGAAACGGCAACGUCAACCUCAACGACAACACCAACGUCAACUCCAACACAAACGCUAACCAAGCUCUCCGAUACUCCACGGGAUCAGGCAUGAUACCUCAGUCUAUGUCCAUACCUCGCUCUCCUUUCCAGCCUCUCCUUCCUAUCCCGUCAACUUACUACUCGAGUCAACCACGCCCCCUGUCGCCGAUAUCCCGAUACAACGCCAACCCGACGAUCAACGUCCUCCCGAGCAAGAACAUCGACGACAACGUCAACGCCAACUUCAACAUCAACUCCAACCAGAACUACAACGAGAACGCCAAUGCUAAUAGGUACGUCCCAGCAGUGAUGCCAACGCCAGCAUUCAUCCCGCCAAGACCACUUCAACCGCUCGCGGCACCUACCAAUACCAGACCUGUGUGGACUCGUCCAAGUGUGUCGUUCGGCAGUUACCCGGUGGGCAACCUCAACGCCAACACCAACGAGAACACCAACGUCAACAUCAACGACAACGGCAACAUCAACGCCAAUGCCUUCCGUAGGAAUAUGCAUGGCUCGAGUAACGAUGAUUCCAGCGACGGAAACACAAAUGAGAAUUCCAACUCAAAUGUUGACACCAAAACUGACAGCAGCUAGAUAUCCUUUCGAAGCAUCGAUGAGGCCGAUGGGCUGUCACGCCGGUGGAUUACGAGGUGUCGCGGAUCUCUUUUCCAAGCUGAUGACGGGCUCCUCGAUUAUGCAACUCGGCCUUCUGCUCAUGCCUCCGGUUGAAUUGAAAGAUAAUGCUUGUCCGAACUCCGACUACUAUCCGCAACUGUAUUAAACUUGGGUGGCAGAAAUUUUGUAAAUGGGGUUGUUUUCGUCGCUAAUAAAUCGAUACUAAUAAAUGCAGAAA